AUGACCCAUAGGGUCGACCCAUUUACAGUGAGCUUGCGUACCAGUUCGCCUUCUUCUCAGUUUUUUCUAGUGAGCCCUAAAGAGCCUGCCUGCCCUGCCUUACCACCUCCAUUCCCUUAUUCCCCAGGGAAGAGUAAAGACAUGGUUGAGGUAAAAGAAAAAAUAGCCAGGGGCAACAAGAAUAGCCUCAGAGUGGAAGGAAGAGAGUUCCUAAACAUGGAUAGAGUUACUGGAAUUACUUACAAGCUUGGAAAGGGGGUUGGAAAGGGGCAGAAACAACCAUCUAUGCUUGCUCUUUGCUUGUGCAGUCUUUGGAAAUACAGUUGGAUAUGCUUUAGUGAAUUAACCGUCCUGUUAGAGGUGAUUUUUGCUGUAAAAGUAGUGGAACACAGGGAGGGCGAUAGUAAGAAUCCUUUGGAGGUUUUUAACUAA